ACAGAGUGAGCACACGGUGAGAACAGAGCGGGAACCAGAGAGAAUAAAGACUAGAGCCACCACCAUCAAACAGAGAUGACGUCACUGUGCAGGAACCCGGCUGUGCUUCUCCUUUUCCUGAGUGCCUGGCCUCUCCUCAACUCCCACCUCUUCACCCAUGCCGCCACCAUUGCCCCUCCCGCCACUCGUCGUCACAUUGUAUAUACAGACUUUGGCUCAGAUGAUACUGGUACUGACUAUGACUACGACAAUUACAGCCACAGCCCUGCUACUGAAGUUCUGAAGGAGAGGAAGACUACCUUAGUCCAUCAGGCACCGCAUUUCUGCAAUUACGACCCCUGCUUGGAGAACCAGGAGCCCUGUGUCCAAAUUAAAGAAAGGACUGGGUGCCACUGUCCCGGGGUCAGCAGCGGCGAUAGGCCCCCUCAUUCACCACGUAUUCACGCGCUGUUGCCAAUCAGUGACGGGGCUGACAGAGGGAAGAUAGCAGUCCAGUGGUGUGCUCCAUCUUCUGUGGUGUCUAAGUACAGAGUGGUGAUAGAGGGAAGUGAAGCCCUGGAGUUUGUGGACUCUUCACGACGAGGUGUGGUCGAAUCUUUGGAAGUGGGGACUAAGGUGUGUGUGGAGGCGGUCAACAGUGCAGGAAGCAGCCCCGAGUCAAAAUUCUCCUGUGAGCGGUAUGACCCUCCUCAUUCUUCUGACCAUAAAAUGUUGGUUGGUAUUAUAGGAGGAGGAGUCGCCGUUCUCCUAAUUCUUGUCAUCGCGGCUGUGAUCUUCUGGCAGCAUCAAAUCAGGAAAAAGGCAAAGAGAGACUCGGCUGAUGGACUUGGGAACCCAUCUUACAGCACAGAGGGGGCCCUGUGAUCCUAAUUAACUCGGAACAGACAAUCAAUCCCACUCACACUAAACAAGCCCCUGGAAACGGUGGGCUCAGCAACAUUGUAGUCAUAAACAAGAACAAAAGGACAAACAGUUCUGGGGCGGUGUUGUAAAUUAUAAACUUGUUUACACUCCUGUUUCAAGGAAUAUGUAAACAUAUUGGGGAAAAGAUGAAUAGUGUUCAUGGAGUUACACUAACAAAUGAGUCAUUUUGUGGUUAGUACUACAGGUUUAUUUGCUGGCAAAUUAACCCUUGUAGGUUUAUUCUUCUGUGUUUUUGUCUUAUUGUGUCUGAAUUUAAUUGUAAAUAUUAACUAUUAAGAUAUAGAUACUGAUUUUUGUAACAAACUAAAACUUAUUUUAAUAAAGAAAAAAUGUGUAAACGGU